AUGGAAACUAUUACUAUUUUUAACUCCACUCUUAACUCAAUCCAUCAAAGGAGGAGACCAUUCCAAAUUCAUUGUAAUUACAAUGAAGUUUCAAGUUUAGAUUAUCACAGAUCCUUAAUGCCCGCAAUUCAUCAUCAAAAGCAGCAAGAAAAGAGAAGGUGUGAAUAUUAUGAUCUUAGUAAAGAAUUAGUACCUUACAAGAAAGCAUGGGAUUGGCAGAAAUCAAUUCUUAAACAUAGACAAACACUGAUUGAAAAAGAUGAAGAAGAUUUAUCAGAUACUUUGAUUAUACUUCAAUAUUAUCUUGUUUAUACAUUGGGGACGGCUAGUUCAGAGGAGUUUCUGAAUUUUAAUAGGAAUGAUGCUCCUUACGAUGUUUAUCGGACUGAACGCGGCGGUGAGGUUACUUAUCAUGGACCUGGCCAGCUUGUUAUGUACCCUAUAAUCAAUCUGCGAUACCAUAAGAUUGAUCUUCACUGGUACUUAAAAACACUUGAGGAGGUUGUCAUACGAGUUCUUUCCUCAACAUUCUCCAUUAAGGGUUCCCGAGUUGAUGGUUUAACUGGCACCUGGGUUGGAAACCAGAAGCUUGCUGCCGUAGGAAUAAGGGUAUCUCGAUGGAUAACAUAUCAUAGUUUAGCACUGAAUGUGACCACAGAUAUAACUCCCUUUCAAUACAUAGUCCCUUGCGGCAUAAGGGACCACCAGGUUGGGAGUGUUGAAUCAGUUUUGGAGGAAUCAGUAUCAUCACUUCAGUUAAUGGAUGUUGCUCAUGAAUCGUUACUAAGGGAAUUUUCUGAAGUUUUUCAACUUACUCUCAACCCCAAACCCAUCUCUGACUUGGACAUUCUAAAUGGUUUGCUUAGCACCAAUUACGCAUAUAAUGUGCAGCAUCCUACUGUAACAGGUGUAAUUGUUGACAAGUCACAUUCAGCUCUGGUCAAGCACAAGAUCCUUCCAGAAAGAUUAUUGUUUCCUUGUCAUUAA